CACAUAGUUAUAAUGAUUAAGACUUUAUGGUAAAACCAUGGUUCAUUUUCGUGAGGGUCGCUAUCUUGAAGUACACAUAUAAUCAGUUGCGAUGAAGCGGCAGAUUUUAGCCACGUAACGUUAAACAAAAACGCAACAUUUCCUCGUUCGUUAAACGUACGUUAGAUGCUCUGGUGUCAAAAGUUGCUUGUUGACGCUUGUUGUUAUUUAAUGCUUGUUGUUUGGAAUAAGGCGUGCAUUGAACCUUACACCACUGCAACAUCGUGCCAAAUGCACUUUAGUAGUGAUGUAAUUCCAGGAUCUCAUCUGCCGUCAUGCCUGUCCCUCAUCUCUCCGAGUGGGCUCUGAGGAAUGCUUGCAGUGGACGGAGUUAAUCCAAAGUUGGAGGGCUGCAGGGGAGAGUCUAUAAAGGACCCUGAGAAGCUGGUUCUUUCACCCUCUGUACAUUUCAACAUUAACGACAGGAUAGGAAGGACUCCCUCCUUUUGGUCAGAAUGAAUCGGGUGGAAGAAUGGGUUCUGGAGAACAAGGGCAAGAUCGAGAAAGGAGUGGAAAUCCUGGGGCAAAGUUUUGAGGUUUUAGCAGCCACCGUGGGAAAAUUACACCCCAUCCUGGAGGCUGUGUUUGUUGCCUCAGCUGAGCUCCUCAGCAACCCAGAUGGUAAAGAGGCCAAGUACCUCACCGAGCAGUUCGAAAUAAUCAACCAGAAACUCGAAGGCAUCCAACAUGAGAUAGACAAAAUAGCUUUGAAGAUGCAGCGGACAUCCAUGAACAAGCAAAACUUUGACAGCGAGGCGCAGAUGAUCAGCCAGUACGAGAACUUUCAAGAAUUUGUCAAUGCUAAAUCCAAUUUCAAGGAGAAAAAGAAGGAAAUGUUUCUGAGCCACUACAAGAACACGAAUGGAGAUCUGAACAUUGAUGCCUUGUAUAACGCCGUACUCGGUGAGAAUACGUCUGGAGAUCCCAUGCUGUACACGGUGGUGAGCACAGAGCAGCGGAGCAGAAGAGCGGUUGAGGAGUUCUGUGCCAGGCUAAAGAAGCUGUUUGUUAUGGGAAUUAUUGCAGUCAUGGGUCACGCUGCCCUGAAGGAUGGAGCGGUAGGCGGGGCCAUGGUCAAGAAAUGGCAGGAUCGUAUGGAAGAGGUGGAGAAUCGCAUAAAGGCCGCGGUGGAUGAAUGCAUCGAAAAUUUCCCCAAGCAGGCAGAGGAGGAUGUGGACAACCAAUUUAAGGAGGGGCAGGGCUCUGUCAACCCAGAGUUCACGUCAUUUAUACUGGAUAGUCUUUCUAAAAAAUAUGACUGGGUCUUUUGGUCUGUUCGGGUGAUCAAGCCGGGCGGAUGGUUCUUCUGGAAUUGGCUCGCUGGCAAAAAGUACCAAGGAAUAGGUGGAGGUGGCAACUUUUUCGAUCUCACCAAAAACGACAUCAGAAUCGUAGUGUCUUUCAGUUCAGACCCAAAACCGCUCAACAAAAGCCAGCUACUAGAACAGAUUGAGUGCCAGAAGAUGACGGGUAACAUGGUGUCUGUUGCUCAGACUCUGUGCGGCUCUCUUCCCAACACUGUGGUUCAUGCCGUCAGCCGCUAUAAGAACGUCGAGGAGAAAAACAACUUCCAGCCAGAAUGCUACUACUUUGGGAUUCACAAAAAAGCCUAUUUCUGCAUUCAUUCUGAAUAGAUGUGCCCAGACGGAAAACAUCAUAAUGGCAAUCAGACUUCAAUGUAGUUGAUUGCUCAGCAUUACAUACGACAAAAAUACUGCAUAUUCUCUCUAAAGCUACUGUUGUUGCAUACCUGAGAAAGUGUAUUAUUGCUGGCAUUUAAAAAUGACCAAAUAUUAAUGUAUACAUAUGACAGAUAUUGUGUAAAAUUAUCAUUAGUCUGUUUUGUUAUCAUUUUUUAACACAUUUGUGGCUGACAAAAGGAGCCGGAUUAAUGGCAUUCAUGGUUAGUCAUGGUGUUUACAAUCAAAAGGCAUAUGACUUAAGAUUUAAAUUGUAUAAACAUUUAUUAAAAAGGGGAGAGGGCUUUACUCAAAAGAUAUAUAUAGACAGAAAAUAUACAUUUACAUAUAUAGCCUGUGUAAUCCAUGGUAUGUAAUCACAAAAUAAAACAAAUAUGAUCCAGAAUUUCGUUUCAAAGUAUCUUAAGCCACGCUGUUGUUUCACAUUUGUAAGGACUUGUACCAUAA